GUGUGCUUUAGGGGUAUUUAUAACCCACACCCCCCCAUCUCCCAUCUUUGCCAGACCUUUCCGUUUUCCAGAUCUGCUCCUUCCUCACCCACAGGCGGAGAAUAAACUGUACAUUCUAGAAAUCAGUUGAAGAGCAUGGGUCGCGGGGUAAGCAGUGGUGGUGGUCAAAGUUCUUUGGGUUAUCUUUUUGGCAGUGGAGAGGCCCCAGCCCCUGCACCAAAACCAGCAACAAAUGCUGCCCAACCCGAAGUGCAGGCUGUAAAUGACGUGCCUCCUUCAAAACCAGCUGUUGCUCCUAAAACAAUAGACCCAAACAAGGCUGCUGGUAUCAACAGUCAUUCUACAGAUGGCCAGAACACUGGCAACUUCAUCACGGACCGACCCUCAACCAAGGUCCAUGCUGCCCCUGGUGGUGGCUCUUCUUUGGGUUAUCUCUUUGGUGGACCUGGGGAGGGAAAAUGAUACCUUUGCCAAGCUUUUGCUCGAUGAAUGAUUGAUUUUGAAGUUCAGGUCGUGGAAACAAAAUGAAAGAUAUGGUGUAUUAUAGGGUAUGGUUGCUGGGAUAAGUGGGUCAAGAGUGCUUAUAUUUUGGAUGUGCUAAACAUCUAUUACAGAAUUGUGUUUGUCCGAAACAAAUAUUUCUAUUAAACAAAUAUUUCUGUUAAAGUGCUCAUUUGCGUCCAA